ACUCGCGGCCGAAAGGAUAUGGCGAGCCCGUCGCUGAACUCUGCCUUUGGGAGCGAUAGCCAGGACUUCGACUCGGUUUCCCUGCGGCAGCGCUUAAGCAAGCCAGACGACUUUGAGUCUUGGAAGAAAGUCGUCUACGAGCGGCUGCGCGAACGUGGCCUCUCGCACGUGCCCCUAGUGCCACCAGCCGCUUCGGAUCGGGAGCGAGAUGCCAGGUUCCAGAGGCGGCCGACUGCAGAUGAGCUGCGUAGGGUCACCCUCAUGCUCAAAUUCAGCGUCACAGCCCGGGUCAGAUAUCAGUUUCUUGGUGGACCGCACUUCAAUAAUGAGAAGCCUUGGGAGAUGUGGUCUGCCAUCCUUGAAUGGGCAGGAAAGCGGCCGGAAAUCGAAAGCCAUGGAGUUUCGUACACGGCACAUAAACCCGUCAGGCCUCGCUUCCUCUUUGACAAGCUCAGCUCUCUCCUGCAAAGCAUCGCCACUGUGAGCCUCACUUCUUUUGAUAGCUUCGAGGCCUACGUGGCAAGGUUCAACAACCUGCGUAAGCAGCUACUGGACAUUAGUUGCAGCCUCAGUGAGAAGCAAUAUAUAGCAUUCUUUAUCGUGGGCAUCAAAGACAUCGAGGAACAACAGGAAUGGAUUCGACAUGUCAAGGAGGCCAUGGAAACAAACCCCGGGAUCACUUUGGACUGGGUUCUGUCUAUUAACGGUGCCAAUUCAAGACAAUACUCUCCUGUUCCGGAUGGAAACAUGGCGAGUAGGGCCGUGAAGGAAGAGGAGAAUGCCCAUGUUCCAUAUGAAAUACCAUUUUCUCAUCGUCAAAGCCAGCCAUACCAUCGUACCAAACUCGAGCCGAGAGAAGGCUCUGCGUAUGACAGUUAUAGGCCAGCCUACAAUGGUGGCCGGGGCAAGGUCCCUAAAAAUUCGCUGGAUCUCCGUGCAGAUUCUGGAACGCAAGGGCGACCUCGAGGGAAAACAGCUAUUGAUGACGAGCCGCUGAGGAAGCCUCACAUAAGAGCACAGGAUGAUCUUUCCAGGGCCGAUCGCCCUUCCAUUCAUUCCAAGCCCCGGCAUGAUAAUAUCGAGAACAAGCUCACAAAGAUAGAUGUUAGCGAGCUCUUGCCGCACAGUAGCACCGGUGACCCUGACGAAGAUAACGUGUCGAACCAGGUUCGGAAGCCAAAGUUGGAAACUGCUAUUGACAGCAAUAAUUCGACGGCUGGAGAACCGCACGCUCUUUCUUGUGCCGUGGGGAUGACUGAGACCAUAGCGUCCCAACCGCCAACGUCGGUCAGCAGCAAAGCUGCAACCUCGACAGUUAAGAAAGUAACCUUUGAUGACAGGCCGCAGUCUGUCGGUGGUGCUGGGCGGCAUGGUAAAAGCGCAGCACCUGUGGGGCAAAACACGAACAAAACUUCCAAUAUCCAGAUCAGGGGUUCCAGCACUGCCAGUUCCUCAUCUCCAAACCAGGCAAAUCCGGAAAAUAUCGAGUCAAACCCGAUAACUACAAGCCCAGCCUGUUCCCGGCCUUCCACCAUGCCACAGCGCAGGUUUGCCGCUGCUGAAACAGAACAAAGCUCUAGCCAUAUUCCUGCCAGAACAUCCACGACAGCACCGCAAAUGAGCAAGGGCCAGGCAAAUGCUUCAGCGCCCAGCCCCGACCAGCCUUUAAAUGGAUCUCGAAAGGGCUCCCCAGUGACUUUGGUAUCUGGCCCGAAACUUCCCGCAGCGGUCACAGGGGGCGCAGUCGAGGAGAAGGAUUUGGUGAACACCGGGUCUACAUCAUCUCCAGUUUUAGCAAAUGCAGACUCCAGCAGAUCGCCCAAGAAGGCCCCUCAUCGAAUGGCUCAAGAGUCAGGAUCGCCCCAAAAGCCGAGGAGUGAUACUCCCCCAGUGUCCAAGAAAAGGGGGCUGCAGGACGAACCGGGCAAGGAUCCAUCAACAACUGGUCCACCAGUCAAGAAGAGAGUUAGUGCCAAUCAUCUGAUGCAAAGUAUGUUGUAUAAGCGACGAUCAAUAAUUUGA